UAGCAACUCACAUUCACUGUCAACCGCCAUGGACUCUAUCAACGAUGCGAAUAGCAACGUAGCAAAGGAAGGGAAUUCUAAUGCAACCGCGAAAGUCCCGGACCUGACCGAGAAGGCAGUCCCGUGUCCAACGACCAGCAUGGAGCUCACAGUCAAUUCCAACAAGACGCAGAUUUCCCGGAUACGCGCACAUACUAGUGUCGAGGACAGCGCUGCAGGUAAAACCAACUCGACCAGCGGACAAUCCGAAACGCUCCCAAAGCAGAACACGACGAAUUCGUCCGAAGGCUGUGAAUCGAUCGAUGCCAGCACAAAUUCCACUUCACAAAGUGACGAUAAAACCAGCAAACCGGACCAGGACACCAAGCGAAGCGAAAAUGGUAACAAAAAGCGAGAUCGCUCCAAAUUACGCAAGGGGAAAUGGUCGAUUGAGGAAGAAGAGUACACCUCUCGGAUCAUUCACUACUUCAGUACGGGUUUUAUUUCACUCCCAGAAGGAUCGACAUUGAGAUCGUACCUCGCCGACAAACUAAACUGCGAUCCCAUGAGAAUCACUAAAAAGUAUGCCGGGGCUUCCUGCUUGGGACGUCGGGUUUACCAGUUUCGGGAUAGGGUGCAGCCUACGAUGACAGAAAUUCAGAUUGCAAAAGCUGAGCUCGAUCACUUGGAGCGCCGCUUCCGUCUACGGGUCGAGGAGGGCCAUUCGGCUUUGUCGCUUCCAGCUCAUUCCGAUAUGCUAGUAUCGCUAUCUCAACAAGUGGAUAAGUUGAUGCUUCCUAACGUGGCAGCUUCGGCGACGGCACCGACUGUUCAGUCCUGGGGAGCUCCUCCGAGUCAGGGGUUUUCUACUCUCGGGGCGCAGCAGCUUGCGCCCGCGCCGAUCGCACAAGUGCCCUUUUCUUUUCAAACCAGUGCCUCAGGGCAGUGGUUACUACCGAACACUCCAGCUUCCGCUGUUUCUGUAUCAGCCUUGCCACCAUUCCCUGUCGCUGCGGCCCCUAGCUCACAGGAUGUUUCUAACGCAGUUGCCUCCUGGGCGUUUGCACAGGUUGCUGCGUCGCUAGUCCCGGCCUUGUCGCAACUAGCCAACCUACAACAACAACAACAGCAGCAGCAGCUCCCACAGCAACCGUCUUUGACUCACGCUUCGCCUCCACCACAAUCAUCUUGCAGAGAGCCGCCUAUAACAAACUCCGAUUUGCAGCCACAGGAUUUCGCCAAGAAACUUCAAGCAACGUAUGAACAGCACUUGAAGUCUACCAUUCAAUCGAGCAACGACUCUGACCGUCAGAGCCAAGUUUUUGCGAAACAAUUGCAAGAGACCUAUGAGCGGCAUUUGCUUUCUCUGACUCAGAACGAAAAAUCUUCGGAGAAUUUACAUUCAAAGGUGCAGCAAGUGGAACUUCUUCAGUAUCUUUAGCCAAGCGACACGCAGCUUCUUCCAAAAAGCCUCGUCCACCUAGCCUUCAAAAGCAACGCACCGAAGAAGAUAAGGCCGCCGGGUCUAUUCUCCUCGGACUUCGCCAAUCUUACGAGUCUGCAGUUCGUGUACGAAACUGGAACUCGUACGAUAAUAAACCUUCUGUUUCAAUGUUGACGAAUCAACAAGACUAUUGUUUGGGACAAGGGGAAGCUACAGUUGUGACGGACUCUUCCUCCUCACAGCAGAUGGAGGGUUCCGUCGACGAUUCGGAUUGGAACUCGGAUAAGAAGACGGACCCGUCUUCUAGCGAAGAUUCUGACAAAGAACUCAGCAAUAUGCGCUACAGUAAAGGCCCUCCGCGAAAACGUUUAAAAACCAAGAAGCUAGUGGACGAACGAAAAGGAUCCAACUCAAUAAUCAGUUGACUGUGAGUGUACAUAACAAACUACAAAUGUCGACUAAUAACUUUAUUGAAUGGC